CAUAACAGGCCUUUCCUUCUCUUUCCUUUCUGGUUGUGAAUGGCUUCCUCAGCGGUUACCACAUCUUCCUGCAGGAUUUUAGUAAUCUGGUCUGUUUAUGGCCUUCUUGUAUUUAGAAACGCGUUGGGCGAUGGGGAAUUAUUUAAGUCUAAAGCCACUUUCUAUGCCACUUCAGAUGGUCUUGGAACUCCCAGUGGGGCGUGUGGAUAUGGUUCUUUUGGAAGAACUUUAAAUGGAGGACAAGUGGCUGCUGCUUCUGAUUUAUAUAAAGAUGGCAUCGGAUGCGGCUCUUGCUACCAGAUAACAUGCACAAACGAGGAGCUUUGCACAGAGGAGGGAGUGACAAUUGUCGUGACAGACUACGGCGUAGGCAACGGAACCGAGUUCAUUAUGAGCCCCACUGCAUACUCUAAGUUAGCCCAACCUGACAAAGCUAAACAAUUAGUAUCACUGGGUGUGAUCGACAUAGAAUACAAAGGAGUAUCUUGCAAAUACCCCGGUUACAAUCUGAUGAUCAAGAUUGACGAAAGCAGCAAGUUUCCCGACUAUCUGGCAAUACAAUUCUGGUAUCAGGGAGGCCAAAAGGACAUUCUAUCAAUAGAGCUUUCCCAGGAGAAAAAUGGUGAGCAAAAGACAGAAAUGAAACGAAAUCACGGUGCAGUGUGGGACGUUGUAGCCCCUCCGAAGGGCGCUCUUUGGGUGCGUUUCUUGGCAGGCGGCUACCGCAGAACCAGCUUUGAAUGGAUAACGGCUGCCAAUGCAAUUCCAGCUAAUUGGGAGGCAGGAGCGAUCUAUGACUCCGGCAUUCAGAUCAGCUAAUCACACGGCUAUGUUGAAAGAUAUGAAGGUCACAGAGGGAAAUAAAAGAUGCUAUACCAGAAGUUUUGGGUUUCCAAAUAAGUGAUAGCAUUUUGAAAUAAGUCUAAGAACUUGUUCUUAGAUAUUGUAUCUUUAUAUUCUUAAUAAAUACAUGUUUCUUUA